AUUUUAAAAUAUAAUUUAGGAGAUAAGUAAAAACAUAAAAGAAAGAAGAUAUAUAAUUAGAUGUAGAACCCACAUUAAAAAUUCCACGGAAAAAUGCAAAAGCCCAAAUUAACUGAGCUAGAAAAAUUUAUAGAGAGUAAUCAAGACCUUAUUAGCGAAGCUGCUCAUAAAGUUACUUCAAAAAUUUAAGAUGAAACAUAAAAAUGUGCUAAUAUUCAUAAAGAAAACGAAUUUGUGAAUUGCAUGAAAAAUGUUGACUAAAAAGUAGGAGGCUUUUAAAAUAAGUUCAAAUUUAGAAUAGCUUAUUGGUAGUUAUAAACAUAAUAAUGCUUUUAGGAAAACCCUAAAGACCUUGAUACUUGCAAAAAAUAAGGUAGAGCUAAUAUCCGCUAAUAUUUGGAUUCUUUUGUAAAAUAAUUAUGA